CGUGCCCUCCGCCGCUUCCGGGGCGGACCGGGGGUUGCUGCCGGGGACGCCGCGGGCGGGCCCCGCUCCAGCGCCGGGAUGAUCAACGCCAUCCUGGUGUUCAACAACCACGGCAAACCAAGGCUCGUCCGCUUCUACCAGCACCUGGCAGAGGAGGUCCAACAGCAGAUCAUCCGUGAGAUUUUCCACCUGGUGCUCAAGCGGGAUGACCACAUCUGCAACUUCUUGGAGUGUGGCAGCCUCUUUGGUGGCUCUGACUACAAGCUGAUCUACCGGCACUACGCCACUUUGUACUUCGUCUUCUGCGUGGACUCCUCAGAAAGUGAGCUGGGCAUCCUGGACCUCAUCCAGGUGUUUGUGGAGACGCUGGACAAGUGCUUUGAGAAUGUCUGUGAGCUGGACCUCAUCUUCCACAUGGACAAGGUUCACCACAUCCUGCAGGAGGUGGUGAUAGGAGGCAUGGUGCUGGAGACCAACAUGAACGAGAUCGUGGCACAGGUGGAGGCCCAGAGCAAGCUGGAGAAGGCAGAGGGAGGUCUCUCGGCCGCUCCGUCCCGUGCCGUCUCGGCGGUGAAGAACAUCAACCUGCCCGAGAUCCCCCGCAACAUCAACAUCGGAGACAUCAACAUCAAAGUGCCCAACCUGUCCCAGUUCAUGUGAGCUUGGGAGUGGAGUUGAGCCCCCCCUGAGCUCCCCCUGCCCUGCUGGGUCUCUGCCCAGCGGGCACAUGGGGGGCCUGGAGGGGUGGGGGGACAGUGGGGGGGUUGUCUGUUCAUCUCUCACCUUGGACCUGAGCUCUUCACAACAAGAGUGGUCCUUCCUUUCCCCCCCUCCCCAUGCUGUGGGGGGAAGAGCCUCUCCCAGCACUUUGUGGCAUUCCUGGUUGUAAAAAUGCACCUGGAGCCAGCUGGAAGCUGCUUUCCCCUCUGUCCUCCCCGUGUCGGGCUGUCCCCUGUCCCUGGUUCCCCACAGCUUCCUGGUCCUGCUCACUGGGGUUGGUACAAGCCUGCUCGGGGCUGCUCCGGGGCCACUGGUGGCACGGAUGGACUGGGGGACACUGGUGACAAGAGGUGCCUCUGCUGGAUGGGCAAGCCUGUGCCCAAAGCUGCAGGGAGAAGAGCUGCCAGUUCCUGGGGUUGGGAUCCCCUGGAGCCUGUCCCCAUAUCCUGGAACCUGUCCCCAUAUCCUGGAACCUGUCCUUGUGUCCUAAUAAACCACUCUGUGAA